UGUGACUUUGAACCCGGAAUCAUAACAAAAGCUCCUACUUGUUGAGAGUUGUGGGCAAACAGCUGGAGUGUGGAUCUGUUCUCUGACCCCAGCCAUGAUGUCGGCUCUGCUCCACGUGUCGCUGCCCUUCCUCUUCUGUGUGCUGUUUGCCAACACCAGCUUGUUUGACGGAGCGGCGGUGGAUUUGUCCUACGACCACUACGCUGAGAGACGGGUGGAGUAUCUACCGCUCUUCCUGGCGAUGCCCUGUAACUGUGCGGUGAACGUGCUUUACAUCUUCAUGGGUGUUUACUGGCUGAGGAACAGCGCAGGGGAGGGGGGACAGAGCCGCUACCUGAGACAAGUGUUCGCCCUCAUGGCCAUCCUGUACGCGCCUGUGCAGUGGACACGCUUGGCGAUGCUGCGGCGCGCCCCCGCCGUGCUCGACCAGUGGUUCACGCUCCCGAUCUUCGCGUGGGUAACAGUGUGGAUCAGCUUCAUCGAGCGCGGCCCGGCCAAGUGGGGCGCGUCUCACGCGGCCGCGGUGGAAGCGUGCUCGCUCCUCAGCUACGGCCUGUCGCUGGUGCACGAGCGCGGCUUCGAUGUCGCGCUGUGCUGUCACGUGGCCGUAGCCGUGUUCCGGGGAUUGCGCGUGCAGCGGACUCACGGGGACGGCCGCACUCGCGUGUACCUGCAGCUGGCGGUACUGUCGUGCGCGGGCUUCGUGCUGCUGAAGGUGCUGGACCACUGGCUCGCCCGGUACCGACUGUUCCAGCGCUUCACCGGACACUUCUGGUCCAAAGUGUGCGACGUGCUGCAGUUCCACUUCAGCUUCUGUUUCCUGAGCACACUGACGCACAGGGCGCAGGAGAGGAGCGCAGCGCGGCGCCGCUGACACCACCGACCCUAGAACCACUUCACCUCACUGUCCGGCCCCCCAGCAACCGUUUCUAUGAUGGAUGGAUAUCCAUCAUCAAUCUAUUCUAUUCCAUCUCUAUCUAUCUAUCUAUCGUUCAAUUAGGAUCAACAUCUCUCCAUCUGUCGCUAUGUCAGUCAAUUACACAUUUUUCAUAGAUCAGUUAUAAACCAGUAAUUGGAACAAUGGGUUGACAGGUUGUGUAACAUCCACCACCAUAAUGCACAGUGGUAUAUUGUUGGAUGUGGAUGUGAAGGUGUGAGUCUCCUCUAAGACAAGUCACUACAACGCGUGUUGUCUUAAAACCAAUAAUAACUGCAGUGGAGAAGCUAUGAGCGCUGGAUUCAAGACACUCAAACCCUUGCAGUUGUAAAUAUUGUAAAUCCAUACUUUAUUAAAAAUUUCAUAAAGAAAUCA